AUGAGGGGGUGCAGCGCACGCUCAGAGGCGCAUCAUCCGUCAGGUCUUCAGAUCCUACCGCGAGGCGUCCGUGCUUGGGCUGUCAUGGAGCUGGCCUCGACUACCUCAGGGAAGGGAGUCCUGACGCACAGAUCUUUAACACGAGGGCCUGUGCCUUUCGAGCUUGAAAUGAAGCUUGAAGGUGCUCCUGAAAAAAUGCAACACAAGGUGGCGGCCGUCGCAAACUGCGAACACGGCAUGACGCAACACAUCGUCCAAAACGGUGACUUCAAGGCCACUCCACCAAGGCGUCUCAGGUCAACCGGGCACCAUGGAAUGCUUCGGAAGUCGACCACGAUCUCAUGCCAGGAGGAAUUGUAA